AAACGACCUUUUAGUAUCAAAUCAACAACGCUUACAGACGGUUCGUGUGAGGAAAACCCAAGCGCAUCAUUCGGCAGAGUUUCAAACGACAGACAGACGCACACACACGGUGAUAUAUACCCCCAACCUAUAGCAAGGAUAAACAGCAUAAGUUUUUCUGUUCUGGCGCCUUCGUUUGGGAAACACACACAACGCUCUAUCUCGUGCCCAAGAAAACACCACCAACAAAAAGAGAGAUAGAGAAAAACAAUAAUUGAGUGAGAACAAGAAUGAGUGAAACUUUUGUAUAUGGCAAAUGAGAGUUUUAAUGGGCCCACAAAAGAGUGAAAGAGAAAGGUUAAUGAGUUCAACGCAAGAGUAAAAGAGAUAGCCAUAACAUAACAGCAAAAAAGUCAAUAACUCCAACAAAACGAAGCGCUCUACCUAAACGACAGCAAACACACGCACACACAUUGUGUUAUGUGUUUUUGUAUUUGCCAAGCAAAGGUAUAUAAGCCGGCGCUUAUAUACAAAAGAAAAGUGAGCAGCAUAUGCAUGUCAGGCAACGCGUCGUUCAACGAUUUCGAAAACAUUUCAACGCGGAACGUUGAGCUGUAAAGACGUUGAACGGGAAAACUCUGUAGUUUUUGUGAAAAAUUACACAAGAAAAAAAAUUAAUUAAAAAUAAAUAAUAAAGGAAAAAUUCAAAAGUGUUUAAAAGAAAAAAAAAAAUUUAAUUUUUUAAAAAUUAUUUGAAUAAAUGCUGAAGUAAAAAUUUCAAAAAAAAUAAACAAAAUUAAUUUAAAGCAAUUUAUGCUUCGUGUGUGAGAAGUGGUGGAAAUAUUUCAUUUCACAUAAAGCCAGCCAGCCAGGCCUGUUCGAAAAAUAUAAAGAAGCUACAAAAAAAAAAGUGAAGUGGAGAGACAAAAAUAAUCACCAUUGAAAACGGAAUGCAUGAUAACUAAAUAAAUGCGUUGUAUGCAAGUCAGUCGCUGUAAAUGUGUGAGUGAGAUGACGAUUGGUGGUGGUGGUGUGUGAAGAAUAAAAACAAAUAGCAUACACACGAAACUAAAUAAGAAAGAAAGAAGAAUAAAAUUGAAAGCAAAAGAAAUAAACGAAAACGUUAUGUUUGUUCAUUACACAAAAGAAAGAAAAGAAGAAAUAAAUUACAUCUGAAAAAUAAGAAAAGAAGCAGAAAGAGAAAAAAAAAACAAAAAUAAUUGUGAAAGUUUGAUAAAAAUCAGUUGGCCAGUGGAUAAUUGCCUUACCCCCAACUCUUGGAUUAUUUGGAUUAAAUUAUUUUUACAAACAAUUUUUUGGAUUACUUACUUACCCCCCAUCAUCACAAUGGAUUACUAUUUGGAUUAUUUUCAAUUUAACACAAAUGUGGAUUACAAUUUUUAUUAAUUAAUGUUUCAAAAUAUCAGAUUUCAUUGCGAAAAACGCAAACCAAGCCAAACAGAAAUUGUGACACAGAAUUAUGUCCCCAGUACCGCUACCUGUGGCCAAUACAGCAGCACUAACGGCAGCGACAGCUUCAUCAUCCACCUCAGCAGCGGCGAAGACCGGCAACGACACGACGACUACAGUCAACAUGGCAAAUUCUAAUACAUCCUAUCGGCAAAUGGCCCAGGCAACGACGAAUGGCAGUGGUGGUAGUGCGACGGCUGUUGCCACGGCAUCAUCGACGACAGCCACAAACAACAACAACGAAGCAAAUAAAUUAAAAAUGGCAACGUCGUCCACAAACAGCUGCAUUUCUGCCGAGGCAGCAGCAGCGGCGGCGAAUGUCACAACUUUGCAACAAUGCGAUAGCAGCAGUGCCGCCAGUACCACUUCAGAGAACAGCUCAUCUUCAUCAUCCUCAUCGGCCCUGAGUGUUAAGAAUGAAAAUUGUGAUACGGUCAUAAAAACCGAAAUGGAGAACAGCGAGAAUUGUAGCGCCGAUUCAAUGCAACAAAAUGAAGCCAAUGAUCUCCAGUUAGCUGCCAUGAAACACCGGCCCAUACUUUUGAGCUCCAUGAAUCCGCAUAUCAUUUGCAGUUUAUGUUUUGGCUAUCUGAUAGAUGCCACCACCAUUGUGGAAUGUUUGCAUUCAUUUUGUCACAGCUGUUUAAUAAAACAUUUACGCACCGAACAAUAUUGUCCACGUUGUGAAAUGAUGAUAAAUACCGCAAAACCAAACAUAAAGCCAGACACAACAUUGCAGGCCAUUGUCUAUAAACUUGUGCCGGGUCUGUAUGAAAAGGAAUUAAUGCGUAAAAGAGCCUUUUAUAAGGAUCGUCCUGAAGAAGCCGCCUUAGCCUCGCCCGAACAAAGGGGCGAUGAUACAGAACAUUUGAUUUUUAGUCCCUCGGACUAUAUGUCAAUCUCCUUGGAAUAUGCAGACACAGAAGAGCUUACCCAUUCCGGUCCUGAAUACAUUGAAUUAUUAAAACCCCGCUACUUAAAAUGCCCCGCCAUGUGCACAGUGGCCCACCUCAAGAAACUGGUCUAUGGUAAAUUUGAAAUCAACUCGAAUCGCUUCACCAUUGACAUCAUGUACAAGGUGAAGACCAUUAUCCUGCUGGAUCACUACACCCUAAUGGAUGUGGCCUACAUCUACACCUGGAAACGUGAUGCCCCCAUGCGUUUCUAUUUCCGUGUGAAACAAUCCCUGCGACCGGCAAUACGUGUCAAGAAAAAUCUCGUACCUCAGACAAAGAAAGAAGUGCCGCUGGCCGAAGAGGAAGCCACCAGUAAAUUGCUUUCCCAGGCAAUGUGUAUCGUUCAUGAACCCACACCUUCCAUUAAAGCAGCCGUGCCUGAGACGAAAAUCCUGGAACCCGAAGAAAUCAAACAGGAAAAUGAGGCAGAGGUCUCAUCGACCACAGAAACACCGCCCAUCGCUGCCAAGGAAGAUGAGGAGCCAAAACAAUUCGAAAUUGUCCAACCUCCCCAGAGUCCUUCUAUAAGUUCCCAGGAAUCCAAUUUGACUGAUAAACUUAAAAUAACCAUUGUCAACAAAGCCGCCAAGGAAAAGUCCAGCGAAUCCAAAACUGCUGCCAAAGCCUUAAAAGAAAAGCAAAAGGAAUUGCACAAAACUUCUCCUUCAACCUCAGCCACGCCCAAGGACGAACGCAAGGUGGAGAACAUCAAAUUGAAAAUUGAUUUGUCAAAGCAAAACUCGGUCACCAUCAUCAACAUGUCCGAUCCGGAACGCAAGGAAAUUGUAAAACCAGUUCGCCCAGAAAAGGAAUGGAAGGUAACCAAAUCCAAGAAGGAAAAGGAUGGCAGUCCCAAAUCUUCUCCCAAGUCUUCACCGCACAGCGAACGCAAGAGUAAAACUCCAAGCCCCCUAACCGUGCCACCUCUCACAAUAAAAGCCGAACGUAUUAGCCCCUUGGCAAAGCUUAGCUCUCCCGCCACAACUGCUCCUGCAAGUCCCACUGAAAAACCUGACGAAGCACAGAAAUCUGAAUUUUUAAAAUCCUUUGCCCUUACCCCCACCAAAAAUGUAAAGGCCGACAAACCAAAGGAUCAAGUGAAGAAUAUUUCGAAAGAUGUAACGCUUUCCCUGAUACCAAAACCUGCUGUCAAAGAGUCCGCAGCACCAUCUCCAUCAUCUUCUUCCUCGAAACGCAAGAGCAAGGAACCCAUUAAAGCUGUUAUUAAAAAGCCAAAACUAUCUCCUCCCUUGGCCACCGAAGACUUUAAAAUCAAAUUGCCACCCAUUCCAGCCAGCAAUAAUCAAAAGUCCGGAGAUGCGUCAGCGACAACUGCUGCCACCGGUAGUGAGAGCAAGAAACCAAUGAUGCCACCACCAGCACCCUUGGCGGUAAUGAAACCACCAUCUCUGAUUAAGAAACCCAGCAAACCGGCGCAAAAUAAAAUAUCUGCUGCUCCGCCAGGAUCCCUUACACCGCACCCAAUGCACAACAAUGUCCAGUUGGCAGCGCCCGGUAGCCGUACACCCAUUGCCAAGCGCUACCAGCCCAUCCUACCCAAGGCUGCUCGUCCCAAUCCCUUUGCUAACAUCCCCACAGAUGUCAACAAAAUUCUUAAGGAUGCCGGUACGGAAAUCAAAAGCAUACCCAAUGAGCCAGUCUCAUCCAAAGUCUAUGGUCCAAAGGCGGAUGCCAACAGUGGCACACUUAUGGGCCCGCCUCAAAUGGCUGCACCACCAGCCAAGGUCAAUGCCACAAGCCGCAGUGGUGGUGGUUCAUCGAAGAACAACUCCAACAAAAAUAACAGUUACUUGAAUUUGGCUCUAUUCAAUGCCUCCAAAUCGAAAGGCAAUGAAGUUCCACCUGGGUGCCGAACCCCCAUGUACACUCCAAACUCACCCAUAUACUCCCCCAGCUCACCACAAUAUGCUCCCAACUACAAUAUUCCGACCAUGCCCACCUACAAAUACACCCCAAAGCCCACAAAUCCCAACAACUCGUACCUGCAAAGUGUUUUGGGCAAUAACAGCCAAAUGUCUAGCCUUUUCCCCAGUCCACCUGUCAAGAAGGAUGGUGGCUCGAACAACAGCAGCAGCAACAACAACAGCAACAGCAUCUCGUCUUCAUCAACAAAUAAUUCCAACAAUUCCAGCGUUACUUCUCACAGGGCAGAAAAUCAGGCACCCAAGCGUGUUUAUCCCUUCGCCCGUAGCCCCAGUCCCAGUGAAGAUCCGCCAGAGAAGCAAUUGAAAGUAAAGUCCCUGCUCACAUCCUGCAACAUAAAUAUUCCCUCCUCACUCUCAAUUACCAUAACGCGGGAAGAUGGGGAUCCCUCCUCAAAUGGUUCGGCCCAAAAGCACAAGAGUCCUGUCAAUAACUACAUUGAAAUCUUGAAGUUGCCCGAGCAGACCAGCAGCGACAACAGUGAGAACAAGCGAUCAUCUCCCCCCGUGGCAGCCAACUCAUUGUUUCCCAAUCCACCUGUGAAGCGUGUAGCCACCCCGCCUUUAAAUGCGACAAACCAGCCCAAGCUACUUGCGCCACCUGUUCCAGUGUCGAAUAUGCAGAAGUCGGUUACGGCGAAUCCACCUGCAGCCAAUAAUAGGCCCGUGGCACCCACCAACAUGAGUGUGGGCGGCAAGAACAAUGGUUUGAACAAACCAGUUGCAAACAAUAAACCCACCACCCCACCUUCAAGCCUCAAAUCACCUGUGACCGGCAUUGACAAGAAAGGUACACCUAGUCCUGAAAAGCGGCCCAUGACCAGUCCCAGUGAUCAAAAGUCUCCCAAAUCUCCAAAUGGCGAUGGCACCGGUAAGAAGUUCAGACACAUACUGCCCCGUCAAAUUGUGGCUCCCUCCACACCAGAGGUUAGUCUGCCCAGCAACAAACAAAAUGGCAAUGUCAUUGGCACCUACUCCUCGCCGAAUGGCGUCAAUGUCAAAAUACAUUCCAACAAGAAGGUCAAUCAGAGCAAGAAAUCUCCUGUUAGUCAACAGCAACCACAACAACAGCAGCAGCAACAGCAUUUGUCGGUACCACCAGCACCACCACACCAGCCGACAUUGGCUGGCAAUUUGAAACCUCCCCAACAAUCGCCAACAAAUAAACCCCAAAUUAAGGCUCCCACCAAAUCUCCACAAGGCAAUCGGACACAGAAAGCCAACCAGGCCCAAGCCCAGGCUGCAGCCGCUACAGCUAAACUGAAUCCUGCACAGAACAACAAUGUUAUGCCAACACUGCCACCUGUUAUGCCACAUCCCAUGCAGAGCAUGUUGCCGCCACACUUGGGUGCAGCAGCAGCUGCGGCCAAUCAAAAUGAAUUGAGUAAAUUCCUCAAAGAGAAUCUGCUCAGGGCCCAGGUUCAAGCAGCCGUGGCCAAUCAAUCAAACAUGUUCUAUCCGUAUGCAGCAAAUGCAGCCGCUGCUGCCCAACUGGGUCAAUUCAAUCCCGCCAUGUUCAACUAUCAGCAGGCCUACAUCAUGGACCAGUUGUCGCGCAUGCAGAGAGCCGGCAACGAUGCCUUCACCGAGUACAUGCAGAAGCUGAAGAGCAGCAUGGAAAUGCCAAAACCUGUAGCCGCCGUCGAUGGCAGCAAGCCAUGCGAUGCCAAGCAACUGCCGAAAUCGGCCUCUAGUCCCAAAUCAUUGACCGCCCCACAACACAGCCCCUCAACAUCAUCGUCUGGCGGGGCCAAUUCAAAGGAGCAACUGGCGACCAAAACCAAGUAAAGAGGAGACAAUUAUCACCUCCGCCGAGCAGUAAAGAGGAAGUAGUAAUGGAAGGAAUCAAAUUCCUUGAAAAAAUUAUCAAAUCUUUAAAAAAAGAAAGAACAAUUUGUGUAUGUUUCCUUAAACCACCCCCGCUCCUAGUUAAGUGAAUGUAGGUAUUUUUAAGUGUUAUUUAUUCUAAUCUCUUGAUUUUAAGACACCAAUUUUAAGUCUCCAUAAAAUAAUUGUUUCUUUUUUAUUGAAUCGCUUGUUUUGUUAUUGAAGCGGAGGGGUAAGGCUUAUCUUCCCCCCGACAUAGCAUUUAAGACGCUAAUUUCAUUUUCAUUUUUUUUUUAAAUUUUGAUGAGCAUUGUAUUCAAACUCCAAGUAUUAUAGCCUGUACAUAAGUAAAUGUAGGAUUUAAGUAUCUCUUGUGUAAUUAAGUAUUCUUAGAAGAAGAAAACAUUUUUGUAUAAACUGUAUAAAAAAAUUGUGUAAAUAAUCUCCAACUAAAGACUUUAUAGUUUUAAUGUGAAAAAAAAAAAAUGAAACAAUAAAAAACAACUCCAAAUAUUUUUAUGAAAA